UUGACGGUGCGACGGUGGCAAUUCUGCACUCGAGUGACGUGAGUUUGCGGUGGAGAUUAAGUGAAUAAGAUCGUAAUAAUAAAUUUAUCAUAUUUUAGACAAAAUUAUGAUAAAAAUAUGUGGUCUCGUGCUAAAGUAAUUUUAGUUGAUAUAAUGUGUAUAGUGAAUUAGUGUACAAUUGAAUAAAUAUAAAAAAUAAUCUGUUUUAUUAAUACUUUUCAGAUGAGACGAAGUCGUGCAUAAAUCUCAGUAUAUAAGAAAUAUUCAAUAUAUUUUAUAUGCUAAAUAAAACGCAAUAACGAUGUAUACUUAAAUAUUUUCUUACCAAAGGGGCAUUUAGUUCAGCAAAAUCAAUAAUCAAUGCUAAACCAAAUAUUCAAAUAUUUAGCUAAUUGAAAAGUUGUUAUUGUAGUUUUUCUCAUAGUAGACUAGACAUAUUAUAAAAAUUGAGCCCAAAAGACAAAAUUCAAAAUUGCACUGCAGGACAUUUAAGAAAGUCAGCAUAGGGCAAAAUUUGUGUGAAUUGGGUCAGACUGUGCAAAAUCGCGAAGGCAGUCCUCGGAGGCCCCAUGCGCUACAAAGAAAUACACCAGCUUCGGCUGGUUAUAAUUCCCAGCUACCUAGUAUGCGGAUCACAGCUGGGAAUACACCAGGUGAGGCAGCGCAAACAGAAACCGCCGCGUCUAAAAGGGGCUCAUUUCGCGGUGACACGCCGCUUAGCCUAAGUUCGAAGCUUCGAACAUCCUUUGACGCCUCGACGAAUGUUAUCGGCGGCCAAGGAGGCAACGAAAGCGAGCCAACGAACGCGAAUAACGGCCACGUUAUCCCGAUCUCAGGCUUCCAGAAGGUGCCUCAAUCUAAGUCAGUGCCAAUACCGCCUAAGAAAUUGCCGCCGGUGGAACAAGGAUCUGAGCAUAUGUCAAGAAUGACGCCUAGACGUAUCAUGAUGCACAGCAAAGUCAACAAGGAACGACUCAACUCACGGAAUCCAACACGUCAACGCAAAAUCGGGACAGUAACGAGCCCGAUAGUGACGGCACCUCCAUGUGAGCUUACCUCUUCACCUUCAGUUAGUUCCAUCAAUGACUUAACAGCAAUAAAGCCCCUUUCCAGUCCAACUAUUAACGGUUCUCAUAACAGCGUAGAAUCAGACUCCAAAUCAAUUGCUGAUUACUUAUCCCGAAAUUCUUCCAUAGAUUUAGGCCAGAAAGAAAACUCCAAGUCCGAAGUGGUCACGCCAGCCCAAGAGGCUUUGCCAGAUAUUAGGGAAUUAGAAAAUUUAAAUAAUAAACCAGAAUUUGAUGUAUUCGAAAAUAAGUCGGAUGAUAGCAAUAUUGACACUGGCGGUAUCGAGUUAUCAUCAGUCUCUUCACCAAAAGAACGUUUCUCUCCUGAUAACUCAAAAAAUUUAAAAGGAAGCAAAACUAAGACUGUGAAGAUUAAUGAGAAUCCUGUGAAUAUAAUUGAUAAGUCACUUGUCAAUGUUGUUGAUGAUACCGAAAAUACAGAUUCUGAUACGAAUGUCAGUUUGAUAUUACCCAAAGGAAAGAUAAGAUUUGUUAGGAAGAGUCAAGAGAAUAGUGUAUUAAGCGUAAUAUAUACAAAAUCGGAACCUACCUCUGACCGGUCCUCAACUAUGGCCGAUAAAAAGAGCGAUACAUCAAGAACUAUCGAUACUGCGAAGGAUACAGAUCAGGACGAAAAUAUUGAAAUAUUAGGAACAGAUACGGAGCAAUACAGGGAAUAUGAACACCAUACAGAAAUUAUACCGGAUCAUUACUCUGACAACGAUGAAAACAUUAUCUAUGGGCCAAUCUAUGAUUCCGAAAAAUUUGAGGAGCAGAAUAUAGAAUUGCCGAAAGACGAUGAUGACGACGAACCAAUUGGUGUGUCACCUUGUGGAAGAUUUUUUAAAUAUGACAAAGAAGUUGGCAGAGGUUCUUUCAAAACUGUCUAUAGAGGUCUGGAUACGCAAACUGGUGUAGCUGUAGCUUGGUGUGAACUCUUGGAGAAAAAACUGAACAAAACGGAGAGGAUAAGAUUCCGAGAGGAGGCAGAGAUGUUGAAAAAUUUACAGCAUCCUAAUAUUGUGCGCUUCUACAACUAUUGGGAAUCUACAUUGGGAAAAAAGAAAAACAUUGUUUUAGUUACAGAAUUGAUGUUGUCUGGCACACUUAAAGCGUAUCUUCGACGUUUCAAGAAAAUCAACCCAAAAGUACUAAAAUCUUGGUGCCGGCAGAUUUUGAAAGGACUCAAUUUUCUUCAUUCGCGAUCAACUCCUAUAAUACAUCGUGAUUUGAAAUGUGAUAAUAUUUUUAUAACUGGGACUACGGGCAGUGUGAAAAUUGGAGACUUGGGUCUUGCUACAUUAAAGAACAGAAGUUUUGCUAAAUCGGUUAUAGGUACUCCUGAAUUUAUGGCUCCUGAGAUGUAUGAAGAGCAUUAUGAUGAAUCUGUAGAUGUUUAUGCAUUUGGUAUGUGUAUGUUGGAAAUGGCUACUUCUGAAUAUCCUUACAGUGAAUGUUCAGGUCCUGCUCAAAUUUACAAAAAAGUGAUAUCGGGCAUUAAACCACAAAGCUUUGAAAAAGUAGAAAAUGCUGAGAUUCGUGAUAUAAUUCAACAAUGCAUUCUUCUUAACAAAGAAGAUCGUCCAAUGGUAAAAGAACUUCUAAAUCAUGACUUCUUCGGUGAAGAUGUUGGUUUGAAAGUUGAAGUUGUAUCAAAGGAGAAUCUUGGAAGUAAUUCUGAAUCACGAAAAGUAGAGUUUCGUUUACGUCUUCUGGAUCCUAAGAAAAGAUCUUUCAAGCAUAAAGAGAAUGAAGCCAUUCAGUUUGAAAUAGACAUUGAUAAGGAGAAUUGUGAUGAUGUAGCAAAUGAAAUGGCAAAGUCUGGAUUGAUUCUUGAAGAUGAUGCUAGGACAGUGGCUAAAUUACUUAAAAAUCAAAUUCAAGCAAUUAAUAAAGAAUGCGAUGAAGGGGUUCCUGUUGCACCACAAACAGAAGUGAUGCAAAAUACAGAAGCUAUUGUAACGGAUACUAUUAAUUUGUGUAUUGAAGAUAAUGAUGAUUCUAAGAGCCAUUUGGAAUUCAAAUUAAUUGGCCUUCCAGAACAAAAUAAUGGAGGUGUGGACAAAUUAACCCAAAAUCAAAUGCAAGCAGUUUCUUCAAUAAAUCAGCACCAAAAUUUUGUUGUACAACAGAAUAAUUUGUCUGACACAAAUAUGCAUCAACAGAUUCACCAACAGCAACAACAGCAGCAACAGCAGCAACAACAGCAGCAGCAGCAACAACAUCAACUACAAAAUCAACAGCACCUUCAGCAACAGCAGCACCAAUGUGUAACAGCACAACCUCAAGACAACCAGAUAAUUCAACAUUUGCCUUCUUCACAGCAAGUUAAGUUUAACAGUUCGGAUGUAGUCCAAUCUAUGUCUCAACAUUAUAAUGUAAUUCAACCGGAUCAACAAACGCAGAAAGUGCAGUACAAUUCUCAGCAUUCAAUAGAUACUCAUAUGCCACAGCAUUAUACUAAUUCACUUAAUAAUCAACAGUCGACAUCACAGACAAUUAUUCAGCAGAAUCAAGAUCAAAUGCAGUUUUUGCCUCCAAGCCAAGUGGGUUCUCAGAAUAAUGUAGUGGUCAACCAAGCGUUGCCAGAUAUAUCCAACACAUCACAACAAACUGUAGUAGCUCAAAACCAUGGACAGUACAUUUCUACUCUUCAAUCGAAUACACAGCAAAAUAAUACAUUAUUGAAUCAUUCAAACUCGGAAAUAACUAAUACACAAGUAUCAGUUCAACAGCAUAAUUUACAGAUGAACCAACAGGCACAGUUUAUGGCUGCUUCGCAAUCUAUGAAUAAUCAACAAAGUAACAUGGUUAUGAGCCAAUCUGAAAUUGGUACCCUGCAACAACCAACUUUGUCACAAAGCCAGUCAAUGCCUCAACAAGCACAGUAUUUACAAUCACAACAAAAGUCCAGCCAACAAAAUACCAGUAUUCAGAAUCAAACAGUAUGUGAAAUGAAUGGCAUUCCACAACAAAGCAGUGUUCAGCAAGUUCAUUACAUAUCUCAACAACAACCUCAACUAACUAAUCUUCCAUCUUUAACUAAUACUCAACUAUGUAGUGGUCAAAUUAAUAUGAUGAAUUUGUCAGAUGGGUCUAACGUACAUAUGCCAAAUCAACAAGCACCAAUUCAACAUACUCAGUACAUAUCAAAUCAACAGUCCACUCAGCCCACUCAGCCCGCUCAACAACAGCCAACUGGUUCUGGUUUCUCUGAUGUUCAAGUGUCUAUGCACCAAAAUCAAGUUCCAAUACAGCAGUACAUAACACACCAAAUAUCUAAUUGUCAUCAAAAUGCAGUGAUGAAUCAACCAACUGUUGGAACAGAUGUGAAAAAUAUUAAUCAAAGCAUAUCUCAAAAUCAAAGUAGUUUGCAACAGAAUCCUUAUAUUCAAAGCAAUACUAACCAGAAUAAUGUAAUUUUGGCACAACAAUCUUCAGAUAUGGGAAAUAUACAACAGACUAAGCCAUUAAUGCAGCAACCUCAGUUUAUGCCAUCUCAACAAACCAGUCAGCAACUGCCAUCCAUGAUUUCAACUGUUUCUGAUAUGUCUACUGUACAACAAAACAUAGCCCCAAAUUAUAUUCCUGUUCAGCAAUCAGUUCCGCAACAAAGCAAUAUUGUUAUGAAUCAAACUAUACCCGACCUAAGCAAUGUCCAGCAAAAUAUGCCUCCACACAGUCAAUAUUUGCCUGUGAAAGUCACUAACAUUCACAAUAAUAAUGUUCAGGAUAAUCAUGUUCAGACAGUUAUUCCAAUAUCAAAUGAAGCAAUGACUAUGCAUCAGCAAAUUGUCAAUCAAAAUUAUUCACAGACAGGUAUGAUACAGCAGAAUAACAUUCAGAAUAUGCAGCCAAACAUGGAAAUGCAACCGAGUAAUAACCUUCAAUAUCACAAUGUUCAACUUAACCAACAAUAUAAUGUUCCUGCCACAUUGUCAAACUCGCAGCUUCAUCAAAAUCAUCAAGGAUCACCAAAUAAAAUUUUGAAUACACAUAGCAUGAUGAAUAAUUUGAGUUCUGAUACUAAUAAUGAUGCACAAUAUGCAAAUUACAAUUAUAAUCAACCAAUAAUAAAUACUCAGAACAAUUUAAUAGACAACAUGCAAUCUCAAGUUGGUAUUCAACCAAUAAUAUCCAAUCAGCAACAUGCACAAGUAUUUAUCCAACAGCAAGGAUCGUCACAUCAUGAACAAGCCCAUUCUAGUCAACAAAUACAUAAAAAUGUUGUCGACAAUAGCAGUCAAUAUUCUGCACAGUUUUCUCCACAACAUAAAGCACCACUACCAAUGAAUUUAGAGCAGAAUGCUUCUUAUAUGCCCUGUAUUAAUAAAGAAGAAGAACAUGCUGGUAUUAAUCAAACUGAAUUAUUAUCAGAGAAGUCACCACAGCAAAGUUUAAAUUUAAUACCACAAGCUCAUGGAAUAAUGUCGCCUGAGGAUGCAGUUGCAAGGAAUUGUAUGAUGCAAGAAAUACAAGCUUCCACAUCCCAAGCUCAGAAUCCAAUGUUUACACAUUCCCAUCACAUUGUAUCAUCAAAUCAGAAUCAACAACAAAUGGUCACACAUGAUGAUCACCAGAUUUACAUGAACAAUCAACAGAAUCUUGUAUCUCAACACCCACAGCAGCAGAUUUCUGCUCAAGAAAAAAUGGAAGUUCAGCCGUCGCAAAUAGGAAUACAGGAGCCGAUAAAUGGCGAUGGCAAAGCAUUUAAAGAACAACAGAACGGACCUCUCAUUGACGAAUCGCAUUAUAAUAAUUUACCCAUCGAUUACCAACAGCAACCGGUAUUGGAUAGUAGUAUGCAGAGCAAUUCAUUACCCCAGACGAUUCUCCAAAAUAAUCAUGAUGAAUCGAAUCAGGUGUCAAGCACAAUGACUCCACAUACUGGUGAACUUAAUGAUUUUAAUAACAAGGACUUGAUGCCGAAACAAUCGCAAGACUCGAAUGAAGGAAGCAAUCAAGAUAAUGAAGAACACUGCGCCGACAGCAACAAUUCCGCAUUAGUUGACGGUGAGAUGACCGAAUCGCAACAGAAUACUGCUAAUAAAUUAAAAAAGAAAUCGAAUAAAAAGCGGUUUCUUAAAAACAUCGAGCGAUGUCCACGCUUGUCGGUCACCAAGUUAAUUGAAAAUUCCACAAGUAUCGAGUGCCAGUUACAAACUAAACGUAAAACAGUCAAGUUUGAGUUUGAUUAUUCGGAUUUCAACGCUUGUGAAAUUGCUAAUAAAUUAGUUGCUGCAAACCUACUACCAGAAAAUCAAGUUGAUAUAUUUGUAGAGAUGAUAUCAGACAUAGGAGUGCAAUUAAUUGAACGUCCUACAGAGAUACCAGUAUUGAAUAACCCUUAUCAUCAAACAAAGCCAAGUGGUGAAAAGCGCGAUGAGUUAUCAACAAUGCCCAAAAUUUUUGAUCCUACUAUAUACGGCCUCCUACCAUUAGCUGCUAAUGGAAUGCUAAAGCGAGAGAAUACGCAUGAUGGCGUGAUUUUGGAUGAAAAAGUACUGCAGCCUCAAAUUCCAAUUGAUAAAGUAAUUAAACCUGAAACUUCCUUGCUUCGAAAAUCAGAAAAUGUAUCCAGAAAAACCAGUACAGCAUCUGAAUGUACAUCACAGUCGGAUUACACACCUGAGAACACAGUGGUAGGAUUAGCUGAUUUGGCUGUUUGUGAUGUUGGCAAUGGAGACAGUUUAGGGAAACCUGAUAUUGUUAAGCCAAUUAAUCAAGAAUCAAUAGCAUCUACUGCUGAAUCAACAGUUGGAUUAUCAGAGAUUCCCAAACAAAUAUCGAAUGUGGAAUCAACAACAAGUCCUAUAUCUGAUCCAAAUAUCAUUCCGGACUCUGCUGGAAAUGUUUUACCUGAGAAAACAAGUGAAACAUCCGAAUUGAAUCAAAAUGCUACUUCAGCAGGGACGAAGCCUGUAAGGAAGAUUUCUCGUUUUUUGAUCAGUCCAGUAGCAGAAAAAGAGAAGGAAGGUGAAACCAACGCCAACUCUGCUACAGAAUUGCUUACUCAAGCUAGUAAUAAAAUUGAGGCCAGUAUAUCAAAUGCCAUAAAUGAACCUGUGGUUCAAAAAUAUGAGACUUCUACAGCAACUCAAAUGGGUUCUAUUGGUAACCAACAUGUAGAAACAAUCAGUUCUGUUGAUGUUUCAUUAAAUCAGUGCAAUCAAUCCAUUCCUCAAGAUAUGGUUUCACAUAUUGCUGAACAAAUUUCUUCUCCUGUUGAAUUGAAGCCUGUAGGUCCAGAACUAAUUAAUACUUUGGAACAACUGAAAAUUGGCCUAGAAAAUAUUACCCAUGCACAUGUUGUUCCAACAAAAACAUAUGGAAAUGAUAACUUUAGUUACUGUGUAAAGCAUAAUGUAAAUGAUCACUGUUUAGUUUCGGAUGCAACUCAAACAACUGAUAUGGAAGCAUCUUCUCACAUGAUUGAUAUCAAUAAUUCAGAAAAUAAGAUUGAUGAUAAUAUUAUACAAACUUCUGAUCCUGUUUGUAAAUAUCUAGAUGAUUCAAGUAAUGUUGUUUCCGAAUGCACUACUCUGGAGAGUGUUUCAAAUACAAUGGGAAGUGUCGGAAACACAACUCACAGUUCCCAACAUACAUCCAAUUUUAAUUCUCGUCGAACAUCUACAGAUAUGAAUCAUAUGGAAUUGGCGGCCUUGCAAUCUAAGAGUGUUUGCUCUACAGAACCUGCACAUGCAGAUUUACAUAGAGUGCUUACUCAACAAAAUAGCCAGGAACGUCCUGAUGAAAGUUUAAUUGCUGGAUCACAUGUUACUAUCGAAGAGCUACAUCAAAAAUUGUCCCAACUGACAACGGCGCAACUUGAAACAAGUGUGAAUUUGCCAAAAUCUUCCAACGUUGAUAUGAGCAUUGCUGAAAAUAAUGCAGCAACUGAUGGCAGUAUUCAUUUAUUACCAAAAACAGAAGCUGCGGUAGAUGCAAAUGCAGCGCUCAUCUCAAGCAUGAUAAAUCCUGAUCAUAUGCAAGCAGCUAAGAAAAUGUACUCUAAUCAAGUGGGUGCACCAAAUGCUAAUUAUGAUGUUUACAUGCAAGCAUUGCAGGCAAAGUUAACUACGAUAUCAAUGGGGCCACUUUCUCCACAAUCGACCGUCAUGUCUCCGACUUGCACACCAAGCGCUGGUAGUGGUCACUUAUCUGAAUUGGCCAGCCCAACUCAAGAAUUAACUACAGCACCCAUUUUAAAUAAGAUUUCUACUUCUACUUCUUACCCUGGUGGAGCUGCUGGUUUUCAACAAAUGCAGUAUAAGAAUCAACUACAAUCUGGGGAACCUAUAACUAAUACUUUUUCUUCAAUAAGCUAUAUUGAUAAUGUUGACAGUGGUAAUCAUAAAACAUGUACAUCAGAUGGCAAUAUUUCAAAUAUUGGUCACUAUCAACUUUCAACUACUAAUGGCCAACAGCUAACCAGCAUAAAACCUAGCAUUGCAGCAUCACAACAGCAAUCAGUGGAUAUACCAGACAAAUCAAGAAAGCUUGUAGCUCAUUUAUCGGACCUAGAGCAUGAGCUAUCUAAAAUAAAUUUGAAUUAUCCAAGAAGUGAUACUAAACAAGAUAGAGAAUGUCCAAAAACUCAAGCAGACAUUGUUAAAAAUGCUGAUGCAAACAUUACAAAUACACCAACUCAAGAAAUUUUUGAAUCUCAAGUAGAUCCUAAACCAAACAAUACUACUACUCCAAUAGAUCCUAUAAAAGAUGAUAUGACUAAAAUAGAUCCUAUACCAAAUGAUUCUUCUACUAUGAUAAUUGAUCAACCAGAACCCAUUCCCAAAGUUAGAAAAGUUUCAAGAUUUAGAGUCAGUGUAAUAACUGAGCCUGAUCCAUCAAAAUUGGAUAUUAAACCUGAUGAUUCAUCAGAUUCAACAAAAAAUAAAUCAAAGCCCAAAUUAUCACUAAAUUUGCGAGAUUGCGCUGCCUCGGAUUCUAACAUUAGUUGUGAAGAUCUUGAAAAUGAUUCGAAUAUGCAUUUAUCUUUUAGCAAUACUUCCUCCACACUUGGCAAUGAUACGCCAAUGAUCGAUAUUUUGCAUCCAAAUGAAAGUUCAGACUUACAAGAAGAUGUUGUACUUUUGCAUAUGGCAAAACCAGACUUGGAGAAAACCAAAAGUGAAAUAAAUCAUUUAGGCAAUAUUCUUAAUUUGGAGACUAGUGAAACUGAGCAAAAUAUAGAUAAACAAGCAAGUGAAACAUUAUUGCAACUUCAGAGUUCACUCAGCUCCCUAGAACUAGAUCCCCAAACUCGUCAUGAAUUGCAGUACCUUUUGAAGCGUCAACAAAUUGAGCAGCAGGAAUUGAGAAACAGACACCUACAUGAAUUGAAAUGUUUUCACAAUAGUCUUCGUGAUAUUAAACAAGAAGCUGUUGUACCAAAUCAAAGUUUGGACGAGUUGACUUAUACAACUGCACCUCAAAGUCCAAAAGUAGAGUAUCGCAAUAUAUGGUCUAACACACCAUCUGUUGCGAUACCGAGACGUUCAGCUAUGCAGUGCUGUUACUCCUAUCCUGCAUCUGCAAUAUAUCGUCCUCCGGAAUAUAUUGUGCAGAGGGAGCCUUUGAGUGAAGCCACAGUAAUGCAAACGAAUAGUGGUCAUAACAUGUCUCUCCCAAAUUUAACUCAUGUGAAUUACGUGCAACACAUUGUUCAGAACGUCCCUCCGACUCAGUUGUUGCAACACCCCCUGACUACUCAAUAUGUUCAGUAUUCAAACAUGGAUAAUCCAUAUAUUCAGUACUUAGCUAAACCGAGCACGUAUGUUCAAUAUGUCGGGCCAGCACCUUUUUAUCCUUAUGCUCCCCCAAAAACCGAAUAAUUAAUCAAAUUAUCUAUAAAUUUUAGCAGUGAAUGUCAAGAAUUAAAUUAUUUAAUGCAAAUAUUAAAGGUGUAUUUUAAUGAUAUGAUGGAAUGUGAUAUUUUAUAUAAAAUGUAAACAAAUUGUAAUGAAAUUUAAAGACUGAGGAAGUUAUUGUUUCGAAAUAUUAUAUUGGAUACUUAACAGUGGUAAAAUGAUUAAUCUUCGGGCUGCACUGAAUGGUAUUUUAAUGCUAAAAAAUGUGGCCAUUUCCCCAUAAUCAGUUUGCAUAAUAAUUUAAAAUAAUACUUUUUGCUGUUAUCAAUAUAAACAUUCAGUAACUUCCAACACAGGCAUGUUAUUAACCAACCUUUGUUUGGUAUUUAGAUAAUAUAAGAAAAUAUAUCCAUAAAUUUGAAUAGUUGUGAAAGCAGCAUAAAUUCUUGUUACGCCCCUGUUAUUGUUAAUUUUAUUUAUAUACUGACUAAAUUAGAAAAUUAUAUACACU